UCCGAGAAAGGUGCUCGUGCAAUAUCAUCCUUUGCAACCCAACGAUUUGCAAGCUCCGCCAUGAAGCAGUGGCAUUCCAUUGCUUCCAGCUACGAGGAACUACACUCUGCAUUUCGAACUGAAAAUCCGAGCUGUUCAGACAAUGAAGAACUGCAAUACCAACUUUUCGGGUACGAUUUCGUGUUCGAUUUGCUGUGCCUGCGCGACCUCCUAUCUCCCAUAUGUGCUUUAAUGGAAUUGGUCCAGGACAUGCAGCAGCCACACUGGAAAAUAACUCUACUUUGGCCUAAGGUCGCCACCUUUCUGAAGAAUAGGUCUUCAGAUUUUCGGGUUGAAGACUACCCUUCCCUGGCAGCGUGCCACCAUUCUAUCCGCCCAGGUGGCAGUUAUUUGAACGUGCCGCUGCUCGAUGGGUGGUUGGUUGAAUCUCACAAAGCUGGAGGCCCAGUCAAAUGGUGCACUAGAGAAGUUGAAGAUAUCCAGGACGAGCUUGUUAAGCUAGCCGCAGCUCUUCACAAGUCAUUCGUGUCCCGCGUCUCGAAAGGAUGUGGGUCGGAGGCGACUGAUGCUGCAUCCAUGGAUGCUGCUGCUGUCAUACUGCUGCUGACGAAGCCUGAUGUUGACAUCGAGAUCGAAAUUCACACCAAUUCAGCUUCCAGCCGGCGCCUUGUUCAGCAGGCGGAGAGUUACGAGCACCUAGAAUUGCAAGCCCCUCUUUCACGAAAGUAUUUAUCUUCCUACGUGACUACUCUCCAUGAGGCAUUUAAAUCUGGCUUAGGCAGAGACGCAUGGCUAUCACCACCGGUAACUGGUCCCAUCACUUCUGUGUCAGAAACAGAAAGCUCAGCCUCAUAUUGCAAGUUUGAACUUCUUCUUCGGGUGUCAACGCCGAGUGGGGAUACUAUUGAUACGCGGCUAAACGAGAAGGCAAUUUAUCAGUCGCUCUACAAGGAUCCACGUCUCUACAAACGCAUGGGCUACUCGGCUUGCCGGCUCCUCGACUUCGCCCUGCAUCGUGGCGGCUCAGAAGCUGUGGUGGAGACAUUUUAUUCCACCAUGCGUUCUCAGCAGCAUCACGGGGGGCAGAAUAACAGCACGCUACAGAGGCGUUCAAAGCUGCGAUGGAUGUUGCCUCCAGUUGGUAGCCAAGCUUGUGAGCGACUUUUGGAUAUGGCGGCACGGAUUUACUACACGGGGGAUUCUUCACGUGGUGUGAAUCCUCACCGAGGCCCCUUCUUUAAGGAUGCGAGGGCUAAAAAUUAUGAUGUCAGCAAAGUUGUCAACCGCCGAGCACAUUUACAGUCCAGAUGUCCCUUCAUUGGCUGCCCUACUGGAGAGGACAACGAGGAGAGUGACGAAUAAAACGUGUUUCUUGUAUUUUGUGAAUCCUUUCAAUUUGCUAACAACAGACCAAAUAUAUUUUACUAUUAAUAGGUAUUUCUUAGCUUUAAGUUACGGAAAUGUUAAUGUUUAUUUUUUCUAUUUGAAUUUAGGUCUGUGAUUCAC